UCAACAAAAGCAAAUCUACAGUUAGACGUGCGACGAAUGUGAAUUUACUGUACAAAACCGAUUAACACUCAUUUUUCCACAUUUUCUGUAAGUUUUCUCUUGAAAAUGAAGUGGUUAUACAAAGAAGAACAUCCCUUCGAAAAGAGGAGACAAGAAGGAGAGAAGAUUAGGAAGAAGUACCCCGAUAGAGUACCGGUAAUUGUAGAAAAGGCAGCCAAAGCAAGAAUAGGAGACCUUGACAAAAAGAAGUACCUUGUACCCUCAGAUUUAACAGUGGGCCAGUUCUACUUCCUGAUCAGGAAAAGAAUUCAGCUGAGGCCUGAGGAUGCUCUCUUCUUCUUUGUCAACAAUGUCAUUCCUCCGACCAGCGCCACGAUGGGACAACUCUACCAGGAUCAUCACGAAGAGGACUUCUUCCUGUACAUAGCAUACAGCGAUGAAAGUGUGUAUGGAGCUUAAGAUACAUGUGCUGACUAACAAUGGAGCCCCCAAGGCUGGCUGCUCAAGUGCUCAUUAUUGAUAUAUGAACUCUAUCUGCCCUAUGAAAUAAAGGGAGAAUAAAAAAACAUAAAAUGAAAAAGCUCUGAAAGUAUAAAGAAAAAACAACCAAAAACAAACAAACCAUGUAUGUAAAUGUAUAAUUUAAAGGGUAAGCACUAGAUAGAAUUGCACCCACUUUGUAUAACCCCCUUCAUUGUUUAAUUUCAUAAGGCCAUGCGAGACAUGUAUUGGUCUUGUUUUGUCUUGUGUGAAUUUAAUUGGGACUUUUAUUGAGUGUAUAAUGUAUAUAGGAAUGCAAUAGAUGCAUUGAUAUGUUUUAAAAUUUAUAUUAAGCAGUUUUAGACAUGUUUAUUCUGGGUAAAUACAACACACAAAAUCGUACUUUUGUCCGUGUUAUUUCAUUUUAAUUUGUUUGCACUUUCUGUACAUGUACUUUCAUGUAUCAUGGUGCAUGCAUGCAUCAAAUUUAGGAGCUGUAUUGGCAAAAGCAUAAAUCGUGAGCGAAGAAUGCACCAAACUUUGAACCAAACGAAUCUGCAGCCAUUAAUGGCUCGAUGGUUGUCCAUGUGAAAGCAAAUGUGGUAUGUGUAGACUUUCCACACAUUUUUUUUAUUUAUCCAAUUGCCUUGUGUCCAAAGUGGCGGAAUCACAAAUUUGUGACAUAAGUAGCUUGUUCACAUUUGUGAGUCAGAAUAUAAAAUGCAAUAUGUAAAGUGUUUGUAAUUACCCCCUUAUCAUACACUUUCCCCCAAAAAGAAAUUCCCGCCAUUUUGUAUUUUUGCAUGAAAUAUGUAGUCUAGAAAAAACGUUUUAUUUGAAUUUAACAGAAAUUCAAUUUUUUUAUUUUGCCAUUUUUUUAUAAGUUGAAAAUAGCAUGAUUGUUGGAAGAGAAACUUAAAAGGUGAGCAUUAGGAUGUUCAGAUGAUAUUACAUAGAUAUUAUUUUUUGCAUCUAUUUAAGGGGUUUUUCUUCAAAUUUUUAAUGGGUUUGAAUUUAGCUUGUUGAGAUAAAUAUUUUGUGCUGCAACUUAAUAUUAUGUUUUGAUUCUGGCCUUUUCUAUGAAUCUCCAUUUGUUCAUUUUCACCUCUCUUAUUUUUUGGCCCUCUUUUUAUUUCUACACUUUUAGUAGGCACCUCUUUUAAUUUUUGUUUUCUUUCUUUUAACAUUUCAUGGUCUGUGAAAGGCUUAACCAAAUUAACCCAUGGAACCCCUUAUUUUCAUUGAUGGUCUUAUAAAUCCAUUUAUUCAACAUAUAUAGUCAAUCAAUUUGAUGUAUUCUUAGCAGUUUUCACUUUCAUCUCUUAAAAAAAUAUAUAUCUACAUGUACUUGAAUAAUACAUGUUUGAAUGCAUGCCAAAUCACAUUCAUCACGUACAUCACGUACAUGUGAACAACUUACAGAUCUUGAAAAUAAACCAUUAGUGGUAAUUGUAAUAAAAACGUAAUGUGAAUCAGUAUUCCAGCUUUUCUUGUGCAAAAAUACCAUGUUUAUAGCCCAGUCUGACAACUAAAAGGAGUCCUUGUGAUAAACGACAAGACUUGUCGAAAAUUUGCCAGCAUCGCUCUUACAUUCUCAAUUUAGUAAUCAAACAAGGGUUACAGUCUUGGUUUCUACUGAAAUAAAAGUUUAAGAAUCAUAACAAUAGGAUUGAUUAUCUACAUGUAACAUUAUUGCUGUCACUUCAACAAAAUGUUUGAAUGUGUAUUUCCUUAUAGGCUAGCUUUAAUUAACAUUCAGUUAAAGAAAAAGAAGUGUUUGUUCUAUCAGUGGAGAACUUCCUGUAUGAUUCAGCCAGCUUGCUGCCUGAGAGAUGGAAGGGCGCAACUCACACCCUGAAACGUGGACUUGGCGCCCUUCUUGCUCUCGGCAAACGAUUGCCAAAGGUUCAGUUGGGGAGUAACCUUGGUAGCUUUUCACGAGACCAUCAUGCGUACAAGUUCGCAGACAACUCGUUGAAAUGCGUGUAUGUGAUAUAACACAUAUUUCAGUGGGAUGUCUGUGAACUUGUACUAACGAUGAUUUUGUGAAACGAUGCCAUGACGUGUAUUCACUCACACAUCCUGUGACGAUUUUACAGAACCUUUGUAGCUAAUGAGUACAUGCAGUGCAUUCAGUCAAAACCAAACGUAAAAAUUUCUAUAAAAGAGUCAUAACCCAACAUAGUCUUCUAGCGAAAUCGUCGAGCAGUGCAUUUUGUGUGCAUCUCCCAUGUAAUGUGUAAAUGAAUAUGGUAAAAGCAUGUACAUAAAUACAUGUCCUCCUAAACCGCUUAACAAAUUAUGCUCUGAAAUGUAAAAGCAAAAUAAUAUUCUAUAGCUUACAUGAAUCUGUUCAUGCGACUUAUAGAAAUAAAGAGUCACAUAUAUAUAAGCAACUCCUCAUGACCAUUCGUACAUGUAGUUGUCAUUAUUGUUGUUAUGUUCAUAUAUGUAUCUUCACAAUAUUAUAUUAUUGUUUUAAUUCAUAUUAGUUUUUUAUGCAAUGCAGCAACUUGUAAAUUAUUAAUGUGAGAUGGGAAUCUAAGACAAAAAAAAGAUAUGUUAAAGUAGUGUAUAUCUUGCUGUUAAAUAAAAAAUUACAUACAAAUGAUGUAAAAAA